AAGGAAACGAGGUAUGAAAAUCGUAUCAUCGUCAUCGCUGCUUAAUCCAUAACCAUUUAUACCAAUAUGAUGAUGAUUGAUGAAAAUCAGUUGUACAACAUACACACGACGCCUGUGCUUGUAGAUAUAAUUUUAAUCAGAGGUCGAAACACAUAUCUUGCUCAACAUACACACAAUGCCUGUGCUUGUAGAUGUCGUCUUACUUUAUUUAAUCACAGGUCGUAACAACUGAUGUUGAAGGCCUCGUUGAUGCUGAAGGCCUCGACGAGGAGUCAGUGGUGGACAACACGUGUAAGGCUGUCAUUGAUUACAUGCUGCUCCCUUAUCAAAAGUCUCUGAAUCCUUACAUAAUGAAGGUAUGUCGUCUAAAUCCUCUGGAAGACUGGGCACAUUCUGAUCGGUUUCUGGCAUUUUGCAAAAAGUAUAGAUCAAAGUUUGACAAGUUCAUGGAGACGUAUUCAAGAGUUGGCGUUUUUGAUAAAGAAGAUGUGUUACCGCACCCUAGUGAUAAAACUUCCCAAAUUGCAGCGGUUGAUGAUGUUCUCGAUACGUAUAAAAACUUCAAGAGGUUUGAGAUCCUCAACGGCCCUCCAGAUAAUCUUUUUUCUGGUUCUAAGUAUGGCGUGGAGGAGAUAUGGCCGACUAUGGCUAGGAAGAUACAUCACGAGUGGGAGAAUUUUGAAAAAUGCUUGAAAGAUUCAGAUAAUAUAUAUGUGAGGGCCUAUAAAUCGAAGAUGGAUAUUUUAACAGCUGUAAUCAUUGGAAACAAGGGGACUCCGUAUCAUGAUGGGCUCUUCUUUAUUGAUGUUAUUUUCAGAGAACAUUUUCCUAUUAAGCCGCCUCUUUUCCGCCUUCGCUCUUUUGGUUAUGCUAUCAAUCCACAUGUGUUCGAAUGUGGUGAAGUUCGCUUAAACCUUAGCCACCAAUGGACCUUACCGGAUGGACAAAUCUGGGUGCCUUUUGUAACGUCCUUGUACGACCUUCUGGUCAACAUACGGGAUAAAGUUUUGAACGCUGACCCUUUGUUCCUCCAACCUGGAUUUGUAGAGUGUGGAUCCUCUGUGGUCUCAGAAUACUUUUCUUUUCUCUACAACGAGAACGUCCUGAUAAAGUCGCUCAAAAUAAUGACGUGUAUCAUGAAUAAACCUCCCAAGAACUUUGAGGCUGUUGUAAUUGGGCAUUUUCGAAAUCGUGCGAAAGAUAUUAUGAAGGACUGUACAGCUUUUGUAGACGGCCUGAAAGCCGGAAAUGGGGAGGGUAAUAACAGUUGCUGCUGCUCACAUGAGUUCCGGCAAGAUGUUGCUUCAUGUAUCCCGGAACUUAAUAACUCUUUUAACAAAAUCGGAGCAACUUUUGAUGACGUCUGUUCUUUAACGCCAGCGAAUAUGACUUAUGAUGCACCUGAAGCAUCAUCACAAUUAAGAAAAGAUCCCGGGUGGAAGUAUAACUUUAAUAAAGACCCACAUGAUCCAAAUUGUGUCACUUGCGUAUUCUCCAACUUCUCUACCAAAGGAGGAAUUUAUCUAGCUAAACAACAUCAAAUUGGAGGUUAUAGAAAUGCAAAAGCAUAUACCAAGUGUCCUACAAAUGCUAGAGAUGAAUUGAAAGCGUACGUGGAAAGUCAAAAGGCAAAGAAGAAUGUUAUUGCUGAUGUUUUCGAUGACUUAGAUUUUGUUGAGGAUGAAGAGGAUAAUGAGGUAAUCGAGAUAUCAAAUGUUCAAAAGAAGAGGAGUGGAAUUAAUAUUGGUGGGGGAAACAAAAAGAUGAAGUCAAACACAAAAGGCCCGAUUGAUAUGCAUGUAACAAGAAGUAAAGGAAACUCAACAAGUUUGAGACAAACAAGCAUAAAUGAUGCUUGUGACAAAGAACUCCGAGGAAGAACAAUUCAAACAAUAGCUGCGUUUUUUUACCAAGCGGGAAUAGCAUUCAAUGUCGCUAAGUUAGAUGCUUUCCAAGAGAUGAUCGCGGCUAUCAGAAACUAUGGGCCAAAUCUCAAGCCGCCUUCUUAUCAUGAGUUGCGAGUUCCACUUCUAAAGAACGAGGUAGACAAUGUAGAAAAGUGGAUCGAAGAGCAAAAGGUGGAGUGGUCAAAAACCGGGUGUUCAAUUAUGUUGGAUGGUUGGACAGAUCGGAGGCAUAGAACAUUGAUCAACUUUUUGGUCAAUAGUUCUAAAGGAACCGUGUUUAUGGAAUCGACUGAUGCUUCUGCUUAUAUGAAGACUGUGGAAAAGGUGUUUGAGCUACUUGACAAAUUUGUGGAGCAAGUCGGGGAAUCAAAUGUUGUUCAAGUUAUCACCGAUAAUGGAAGCAACUUUAAACAAGCUGGCUAGUUUUUAUAUCUAAUGUUUUUUGAGCUACUUGAUUUUUAAUUAAUAAUUACUAAUCAUUGUUUUUAUAUCUCAUGUUUUUAGGCAACUUAUUGAUGGACAAAAGGAAACAUUUGUUUUGGACCCCUUGUGCGGCGCAUUGCUUAGAUCUAAUGCUUGAAGAUGUUGGAAAGAUUCCUAAAGUCAAACGAACCAUUGAAGAAGGAAUUUUUCUUGUUGGUUAUAUUUACAACCAUUGUGGUGUUUUGAACAUGAUGAGAGAGUUCACAAAGAACAAGGAGUUGACAAGAAGUGGAGUUACAAGAUUUGCAACAACAUAUCUUACUUUACAAAGUUUGCAUAGGCAAAAGUCGGCUUUGAGAACCAUGUUUACUAGUGAUAAAUGGAAGGAAAGUAAAUGGGCAAAACAACCUAAAGGAAGGCAGGCUAAGGAUGUUGUUCAAACAUAUGCUUUUUGGACCAAUGUGACUUUCACUCUUAAAGUUAUGGGUCCUAUUGUACGCGUACUUCGCCUUGUUGACAAUGAGAAAAAACCCGCGAUGGAUUAUCUAUAUGAAGGUAUGGAAAGAGCUAAGAUAACAAUUGCAAAGGCUUUAGGCGAAAAUAGUGUUGAUUACCAAGUGGUGUCGGCUAUUAUUGACAAAAGAUGGGAUUGUCAACUCCACCAUCCAUUGCAUGCGGCGGGUUACUACUUUAACCCGGAGUUCUAUUACUAUAGGCCUGAAAUUGAGAAAGAUCAAGAGGUGACGGAUGGGAUGAUCAAGUGUGUUCAAAGACUUGUUCCUUCAAAGGACAAACAAGACUUAAUCAUGAAGGAGAUGGUGAAGUGGGUAAACCAAGAGGGCCGUUUUGCUUUAGAUAUUGCAAAGCGAGCACAUUGCACAAUAGCUCCUGCUCAAUGGUGGAAUUUGUAUGGGAAAGAAGUCCCAAAUAUCCAACAAUUAGCUAUGAAAGUACUUAGUUUAACAUGUAGUUCAUCGGGAUGUGAAAGGAACUGGAGCACAUUUGAGCAAGUAAUUUAUCUUUCAAAGUUUGAUGAUAAUAUGAAGUUUAUUUAUGCUUUAAUAAUUUAAAAUGUAUUAUUUUAAAUAAUAGAUCCAUUCCAAGAAAAGGAACCGAUUAGAACACAAGAAGUUGCAAGAUCUUGUGUUUGUCAAUUACAACAAGACACUCAAAAAUCGUCGUGAUAAAGAGGUUGUGUAUGAUCCGAUAUCUUUAGAUAACAUUGAUGAUUGUAACGAGUGGUUGACUGGUUGACUGGAAGGAUGGAAGAACGGGUUUUUGAGGAUGAAGACUUGACAUGGGAAGUUGUAGGAGAUGUGAGUGGGGCUAGAGAGGUAAGGGCAACAAGAUCAUUUCAACCAUCAUCUUCAAGAGCUUUAGAGGAUGA